GUAAUUCGGCUGGGGGCCACCCCUGUUAGCCUGAGCUUGCUAUCUAUCCAGGUUUAUGCUUCCUCUUCAGAGAAAGAGACUUCCAAAAAGGAAUUGCUGAAAAUUGAGGAGCUGUCACUCUACUCCUCUCCAGCUCGUGAGACUAAAUAUGUGGAGAAUCCACAAACCCAAUUGGAAGAGGGGGUUUCGCGUUUACGGCAUGUUAUGGAACCAUAUACAGCCUGGUGUCAGGAUCUUUAUGCCAAAGCUAUGCCCAAAUUAGAAAAAGCUGUUGAGCAUGGUAGAGAGGGCUAUGAAUUUCUCCAAAACCCCCCUGCUGGAUUUUAUCCAAGACUUGGUGUGAUUGGUUUUGCUGGAAUUGUUGGAUUGUUUCUUGCUAGAGGCUCAAGAAUAAAGAAGUUAGUGUAUCCUGCAGGUCUCAUGGGUAUUGGUGCCUCCAUGUAUUAUCCUCAGCAAGCGGUUUCUAUUGCAAAGGUUGCUGGUACACAGCUGUAUGACUGGAGUCUUCAGGGAUAUAUUGCUGUAGAAUCUCUUUGGAAGGAUAAUCCUAAGAAGAAGAAAUCUGGGAAAAAAAGUGAUAAGGGUGAUGCAGAUGGUGACAAGCCCCUGGAAAUCCAUGCUGCUUCAAAUGAAGAGCAAGCCCAGAAGUAG